AUGUUCGCUACAAAUUUGUACGAUCAGCCGCAGAAUGUCCCUGCACAGGCUGCUCCCACCCAUGCGUUAGAUGAUCCAAACGUUUAUCAUUGGAUAUGUCAGUUGAAUUAUGGUCCACAACGUGAACAGGCACUUUUGGAGUUGGGAAGGAAACGUGAACAAUUUGAUGACCUUGCCGUUGUUCUAUGGUCAUCGUUUGGUGUUUUAGCUUCUCUAUUGAAUGAGAUUAUUUCGGUAUACCCGAUGCUCGAACCACAAUUGCUUUCGAAUCAAUUAUCAAACCGUGUGUGUAAUGCAUUAGUGCUUUUACAAUGUGUUGCUUCACAUCCAGAGACAAAACAUUUGUUCUUACAGGCUCAUAUCCCACUGUUUCUAUUCCCAUUCCUGAAUACGACCUCCAGACAACGUACGUUUGAAUAUUUGAGACUUACAUCGCUUGGUGUUAUUGGCGCCCUUGUCAAGAAUGAUUCACAAGAAGUUAUUAGUUUUUUGCUUAGAACAGAUAUUAUCCCAUUAUGUUUGCGCAUCAUGCAAUCUUCGUCUGAAUUAAGCAAGACAGUGGCUAUAUUCAUUUUGCAAAAGAUUUUAUUGGAUGACGUUGGGUUACAGUACAUUUGUGCCACUAUGAAACGUUUCUACGCAGUCACAAACGUACUCAAAGAUAUGGUUGAUCAACUCACAUUGCAUACUCCACCGGGGAGACUACUAAAACACAUCAUUCGCUGCUAUCUGAGGUUAAGCGAUAAUUUGGAAGCUCGCAGAUUACUACAACAAGCACUUCCGCAGAAAUUAAGAGAUAAUACAUUCACAGAAGUACUACGUGAUGAUGUGGGAUCCAAAAGAUGCUUAGCUCAGCUCUUAUUGACCUUGAAUGAGGACUCAUCGUCUUAG